AUGGUGCAGCUAGAAAGCCAUCGCUUUGACAAGGUUCCGGAGGCAAGCAUAGCAGAUGUGGUUCGAAGCCUGGAGGAGCAGAGGGCAGUUCUAGCAGAACACGAUGCGAGGCAGCAGAACGCACAGAAGCUCUUCAGUCAGCUGGAGAAGUCUGCCCAGGAUGUCCAGCCCCUCCUACAGAGGAAGCUUGCGGACCAUGAUGCAAG